AAUGAAAUCAGUUGUUCGGUGUGCGUGUGUGGAAAAAGUUCGAAGCCACCGAGAGAAGCGUGAAAAUCCGAUAUCGAGACUACGUAUUUUGAGUCAUUAGUCCGAGUGUGUCUAUGCAAAUUUAAUUGCGGCUCACCCAAAUCAUCGAAAAGCCAACAGGUCGCCCCGCUCGACCAAAACAAACACCCUAAUCAGGCGGCAAGUGAAACGGGCAAAACGGCAGAGACAAAACCGCUUAACCGGUUUCGAAAUAUCCAUCGUAGCACAGUUUGCUCGCCUAUAUAAUAUUCCGAUUGCAGUGGAACAAAAUAAUAAACACUCACACUCGCGUCUAAAUUCGCAGAUAUAUUAUAUAUGUCGGUUGUGUGAUUCGUGCGAAAAAGAGUUUUGACCAAGGAAAUCCAACUAAAAUAAAAACAAAGCGAGACGCAGACAUAACUGUGAACAUAAAACCAGCCAAAUAAGACAGCCAUGGGAUAUUCCAUUAAGAACUGCGAAACGGGUGAGUUGGAGUACUUCUACACAGACACCGUGCGCGUAAAUAGACCCGCCUACGAUGAGGAAACCGGCGAGCCGAUCCACGACCAGGUCAUGAAGGUGCACUUCCGCAAACACACGAACUUCCAUGUACCCAAGCACUAUCUGCGUGGCACCAUCUGCGAUGAGGUGGACGACGAGCUGGCCAACACAGUGAGGCAUGGGGCAGCCAUUCCCAGCAGGGUUCCCAAAAAGGUCACACCGGGCUACGAACGCGAGGACUACUGUCAAAUGGAUGGCGUGAACAGCAACAUAAUCCUGGGCUACAACCGCAACCACUACCUGCUGUUCCUGGUGCCCACGCUCUUCUGCUACAACUUCUUCAUUGGAGCCACCAUGGCCAUCAUCGAGAUCUUCCUGCACAUGAUGUCGCACCACAAGAACAGCCUCACCAUGCAGAAGGGCCUGUAUUUCCGCAGUCCACUCCACGUGCUCUCCUCGCAGUUCUGCGCCAUCUGCCGCACGGAAUGCGACAGCAAGUACAACCGCAUCUUCGACAUCCUCAACAAGCAGAUGCGCAACGCACAUCGCUCGGAGACCCUGAAGGACAUGGCCAAAGCAAUUGGUUAAGCUGGGAGGGAUUAGAUUUGAUAUGUUCCAUAUAUUCAACACAGAUGUUUUUGUCACACGAUCAACAAAAAAUAAAUGCACUCGUUUAUCACUCAA